CGCUCGGGCGGAGUCGGGCGCGCCUUCGGUGACGGCUGGUGACGGCGACGUCAUGGCGCAAGAUGGCCGCCGGUAUCGGGAAUGGUGUAUCGUAGACGAGGCUGGGCGGUAGGAAUUCCGAAGAAUAGGUGUGUCGGUGUUUUGGCGUUACGUGCAAGAUAACGCGCCAUUAGGAUGAUGCCCAGCCGCGUCGUUGUCGUCGUUGUCAUCGCUGCGGGCUGAACUCGGAGUUUCGGCACCGCGCAGCGCAGUGCUCGUCGUGUACGAAUCAUCCAUUGCUUCCGGGGUGUGAAUAAUAAAGAAAUAAUAUAAUAAUCUCGACGUGCGCGGAGAACGACCGCGCCGUGACGACGACAGCAGCAACGUACAACGUGCAAAAUGUGGAAUAUGAUGUGUGACGUGAUGCCGACAAUCGCGGAGGACAGCAUGAGCCAGCGGAGCUCGCAAUUCUCUGGCGAGGAUGGGAAUAUCGAACAACUGAUGGUUCAAAUGCUGGACGAGCGUGACAAGAUGAUGGAAUCGAUGCGCGAGCACCAAGAGCGGCUGCAGGAGAUGGAGGCGCGAUUGGCGGAGGUCGAGAAGGAACGAGACGCCUUGAAUCGCCAGCUUAACGCAAAUAUUCCCCAGGAAUUUUCACAGCUGACAAAAGAACUGGCGGCGGCGCGAGAGAGCAUUCUCGAAAGAGAAGAGGAAAUUUCCGAAUUAAAAGCGGAACGAAAUAACACACGUCUCUUAUUGGAACAUCUAGAGUGUUUAGUAUCGCGACAUGAACGAUCACUCAGGAUGACGGUUGUGAAACGUCAAGCCGCUGCGCAAUCUGGUGUAUCAUCUGAGGUAGAAGUGCUGAAAGCUUUGAAAAGCCUUUUCGAGCACCACAAAGCUUUGGACGAAAAGGUACGUGAGCGUUUACGCGUGGCCCUUGAAAGAAAUACGAGUCUUGAGGAGGAACUAGCCCAUACCAAAGAGGAAUUCCAGCAAUAUAAAAUAAGCGGGCAUCCACCGAAAACGUUAGAUGAUAGACCAAAAGAGAAUGGACAGACGGAUGAAAUUCAGCAACAGAAUAAGAAUGAGACUGAGCAGGCAGCAAGCCAACCGCAGCAGCAGCAACAAUACCAUCAACAUCAAUUGCAACCGCUGCAGCAGCAACAGCAACAACAACAAUCGGUACAAAAACCAGGUACAGAGAAGUCCGCCGAAGUUGGCAGUAGAUUGAGCAAUGGAAGUCUCGAUCCAGCCGAGCAGGAUUCAGCAGUACGAGUAAUAGAUUUGCAAGCCACUCUCGACAAGCAGAGCUCAGAAUUAAGUACAUGGCAACGACGGGUAGCGGAACUAAGUGGACGCGUUGCCGAGUUAGAGGAAACGCUAUCCAAAACGCAAAAAGAUCUUCUGAAGGCACAAGAGGCAGGUCUUAAACUGCAAAGAGACUUGCGAGAGAACGUGGCACAAAAAGAGGACCAAGAGGAGCGAAUAGCAACUCUAGAAAAACGAUAUCUCAAUGCUCAACGGGAGUCUACUAGUCUUCACGACCUCAAUGAGAAGCUGGAGCAAGAGUUGCAACAUAAGAAAGCUCAAUUAAAGCUCCAAGAGGAAAAAAUUGCGGCUAUACAAGAGAAACUAGAACUUGCGGAACAGAAACUAGCUCAAUAUGCUAAGUUACCAGAAAUGGAAGAGCAAUUGAAGCAGAGGAUGGAGGCUCUGACGCAGGUGAGGAGGCCCAACCAGCAGGCUCAGGAGAGACAUGGUAGCGCGGAGGAUAGAAUUCAAAGACUGGAAGCACAAUUAGAAGAAAAGAACGCAGAAGUGAUGCGUGUUAAUCAACGGUUAAAGAUGAAUGAGGAGCAUAACACGCGUCUUAGUACAACCGUUGAUAAACUUUUAUCUGUUUUUUGGACGCUGAAUCCUGAAUAUGAUCCUAUCAAAGGGAAAGAUACACCAAUGCCGGGGGAUGUAUCAGGUAUAGGAGGUGUAAGUACACCAGCAGAUCCAGACUACGGAGACAGUGUGUGUGUAGCUGGUACGCUUGGAAGUAAAAGUGACUUUGAUCGCAGAAAAAAGAAAAGCAUGUUGGACUCCUCGCGGCACGAGCUUUUAGCGGAAGCGAUGAAAGCCGGAACGCCCUUUGCUUUAUGGAACGGACCAACGGUAGUCGCCUGGUUGGAGCUUUGGGUGGGCAUGCCAACGUGGUAUGUCGCCGCUUGUCGAGCAAACGUUAAAAGUGGUGCCAUCAUGAGCGCUCUUAGCGAUACCGAGAUUCAGCGAGAGAUUGGUAUAAGUAAUCCUUUGCACCGAUUAAAGCUGAGACUAGCCAUUCAGGAAAUGGUGUCGCUUACGAGCCCGUCAGCACCGAAAACUUCUCGCACAACAUUAGCAUUUGGUGAUAUGAAUCACGAGUGGAUAGGUAAUGUCUGGUUACCGAGCCUCGGGCUGCCUCAGUACCGAUCUACUUUUAUGGAGUGCCUUGUUGAUGCUAGAAUGCUUGAUCAUCUUACGAAGAAGGAUCUUCGUGGUCAACUGAGAAUGGUUGACAGUUUUCACAGAACAAGUUUGCAGUAUGGCAUUUCUUGCUUAAAGAGACUAAAUUAUGAUAGACAGCAAUUAGAAGAGAGAAGACGAGUGGCAGAAGGUGCCAAUAUAGAUGUACUCGUGUGGAGUAAUGAUCGUGUCAUAAGAUGGGUACAGUCGAUUGGUUUGAAGGAAUACGGGAAUAACCUCUUAGAAUCAGGGGUGCACGGUGCACUCAUAGCUCUAGACGAAAGUUUUGAUGCAAAUAGUUUUGCAUUAACUUUACAAAUUCCCACACAGAAUACACAGGCAAGACAAUUAUUAGAGAUGGAAUUUUCCAAUCUGUUGACGAUGGCGACGGAAAGGCGUCUGGACGAGAAUAGCAUGAAAUCCUGAUCCAUCUCGUCAAGUCGGCUGCCUCAUAUUCAACCGCAUCAUGUCUAGUCCAAAACCCCAGCUAUUGCUACUAUCUAUGCGCAAGUGUGUUGUAAAAGUUGUAAGAGCUUUAAGUAUCACGCUAGGAGUAUCUCUUCAUAUUGUUAUGACAAAUGUGACAUUUGGUAAUACUGAGGUGUGUUUUGACAUAAGCUGUUAAGAUAAACUUACAUGAUACAUUCGAUACUUAAGGAUCCAUCUGAUCGAUUUUUAUGCCGCACACGCAUAAAUCGAUGCGCUAUAAGGUAAAGGUACCAAUACCCGGACAUGUACCUAUAUCCGGACACCUUUAUUAUUUAUAAGUAUAACGCGUAUUAAAA